UGCUUCGCUACAUGGAGACCCAGCUGCUGGCACCCGGGGAGGGGGAGGGGGAGGGGGAGGAGCAGGGAGGAGCUGCACUGGAGGUGGAUGAGGAGUCGCUAGCCAGGUUGGGUCAGUUCAUGGUAGCUGCCAGCAACUGGGAGGCCUACCGCCACUUCAUGGGCCUCAUGGCGGUACGGCACCCGGAGCUGCAGCUGCAGGGGGUCAUGCAGGCUGCUGGCAUGUCGGAUGAUGACGAGUGGUGGGUCAAGGUUCCCGACAUCCCGGAUGACGACGACGGGGAUGGUGACGGGGACGGGGAGGAGCAGCAGCAGCAGGCCGGCGGGGCCUCUUCUACUGGUGGGAGCGGAGCGGGUGGGCAGCAGCAGCAGCAGCAGCACCACCGCCACCCGCAGGUGGACUGGGCUCGCGUGGAGGCCAUUGCCGCGCUGGAUGUGGACGUGCUGGCUCUGCUGACGGACCUGGAGGCAAGCAGCUACUCGGAGGAGAGCUUCAUGCGCUGGUACUUCCACCCGGGGUUGGGG